AUGUCGCAGUCAAUCAAUUGCGUUGGCAUGAAAGUCGAUGCCUAUAUCCUGAACAAUUCAGUCGUAGGAGAUAGCUUCUUUCUGGCCCCGGUUCAUCCACCACGUUAUGAGACCCUGUCGUCGGGCGAUUUUAACUCGCGGCCAGACGUUGAGGAUCCCAUUGAUCUGAGAAAUGCUUCACCCUGGAGCGUCAAUCCGCGGAUAGCAGAUAUCGAAACGGGCCAAGUUCUGAAGUCCAAGCUUGGUAUAUAUCUUCACUGGUGUCUGCCCAAGCAGUUUAGGCUAGGAACCGCAGAUGGAGAUGUGAACCAAAGUCUGGAAAGCACUGGGCCAGUGCAAUAUGAAGCGGUGCCCGACAGAUGGCUCAUUUUCCGCCACAUCGCAGAGUCCCAGCCAGAUACCCCGGCCCUAGAAAUAUUUCUAGUAGAGGGCAACAAAGUCCGAAGUGUCAGCCAAAUCCUCGAUGAAGGAGGCAACCCCCAGUCCGUUUCAUCGCCAUUCAUUGAUAGGGGCCUUCCAACGGAAGAUCAAAUCAAAACAGUUCUAGGGCAGGUCUCACGUCUUCCGCAAGACUGGAGCGGUGUACAAAAUGAUCCCGCCCACUAUCGCAGUCCCCUCACCGUUUUGGGAUCGGGCAACCCUCUGUUCGCGGACUUCAUACCUCAUAACUCAGCUGUGUUUAGCUUCCAUGAUAACUUGACAAAGGAGGGUGGCGAACCCGGCUCAAUUGAGAGCGCAAAGAUCAAUUAUUCUGUUUACGGCUUUUUCGCCAAAGACGCCCUCGAACUUGCGUCUGACAACCCAAGCAAACCAUCAACGCCGGUCUCGGUAUGCUGGGGAUCGCUUUAUUCUGUCCAUUAUCAGAGGGAUGCUGCACCUAGCAAGAUCAAGGCGGCAGAAAAGGCCCAGCUAUUCGCGGACACACAGCCAGUUGGCGUAGGCAACGACGUGAUGGAUGCUUGCGUUGCCUUGUUAAGAGGUUCUUCAGCAGAAGACGCAUCCAUGGCCGAAGCCUUCGAGAGUCUCAAGAGCGAUGCUUCUCUACAACAAUCCAACUCACAACUUGGCCGCGCAUCAAUAGCAGCUACCAACUUCAAGGGUACACAUGGCGGAUUUUGCUGGCGAGUCAAGAAACAGGAAGAAAAAGGUGCUUCGUUUGGUAGUAAUUCGUUUUCACAAGUCCAACAGCCAAACAUACCAAAUGCAGAGCAGAAGAGAGUGCUACGCCAGCUGAACGUGAUGCAAGACUAUCUGGAUGCUCUCUGUCGUCGGAAAAGGUACACAAGACAUCUGGUCUUUUGUGAGUGGUGGAAACACCGGAGCCUAAUCGGUAGACGCGACGGUCUUUCUGUGCAGCGCAGAUCUCGGUGCACUACAAGAGCUAAACGGCUACUAGAGGAGAUGCAAAGCCUCACCAUCUUGAUAAGGUCAGCAGAGAUUCAGAUCCUGUCGGUCCUGGAUGGAUCACUGCCCCAUGGACCGUUUGAAAAGGAAGAGACCAGCAAGUUCUUUUCUCAUACCGACCCUGCGUUCGUCCUCAGAAACAUGGGCAGCGGGUGGCCAGACAAAUGGGAUUCUAAACCCACCACCAUCGAUUCUGACACUUUCAACUCAUGGCUUGCUACGAACGCCGAGGCCCUUAGAAAAUGGACAGAGGCUACACCUUUUGUGAAGGAAGGGGCGCCAACUACUGAAGCUCGUAUUACUGAUCUCUGGGAGCACAUCAACGAUCAUAGUGGGCUCCGCAAGCUUCCGAUCGAGCUUCGUCAAUGUUUGACCAAUACUAUGUUGGCUUUUACCAAGGAGAUUUUAUCAGAGACACCAGGCAAGAAUGCACUAAUUCAGAACCCUUCGUGGGAAGAAUGUUGCUGGGACGGUCAGCCAUGGCUUCCGCUGUUUGUGGACUGGGAGGUGGAGUACGUCAACAUCCCGAGCAGAAUGUGGCAAUUGACAUACAACGAUGACGGCACAGUGCAGUAUGGCCUCGACACUGAUCAGAAGCUGUCGGAUCUGACACUGGGCUCUCGUAAGUUUUCUGGACGAAGCAUUCUGCAACCAGGUGGCCAGAAGCUUAUCCUGGGGCUCCUUGAUAUGAUGCACCGUACAGUCCCUAUUGCCUCUGGCGAUGUGGAUCCGGUGAAGGCCUUUGCAGCAGAGUUCCUCGGAGGCCAGAACUUGCUCUUUGGUCGACUUGACGGGUUCACCGAUCAUCUUCUCACUCUUUGCCAAGGAGCUCAUGCUAUACCCACGAGUGAAGGGGCGCCUAGCCCAGGGGAAGAGAUAUUUGCAGAGGCAGAAUCUCUCAAUAUCUUUUACGGGGGUCCAGCGGACUCCUCAUCCGGUGGUCUUGAUGUUACUCCCUACGGAACUUACCAUGAGGGCUUAUCGUAUGAGACCUUGAUCAGCACUGAUGCCGUGGAUCAUAAGAAUCGGUUCUUUCAACCGGUGACACACGGCCAAGCACGACUGACCCAGUUCAAGAUCGUUGACCGUUUUGGACAGGUCAUAUGUGCCCACGAUCCGCGACCAGAACAACCAAAAGCAACUCUAUAUCCUCACAUUGGGUCUUCGCUGCUGUGUGAGCCAGACAGUGACGCUUCACCAAAUACAGCAUUUGCGACCGUUAAUGAAGCAGAAGAUUGUGAAUGGUUUCAACUUGUUCCACGGAUCAAUCAGGAUGCUCGGAUGCACGCUGAAUUUCUGUGUGGAGGAGCCGAAGGCGACACUCCUGUUUUUGCAUGGCUGCUCAUAAACUUUCACAAUCAGUCUAUACAGGUGUAUGAUAGGAACAGGACUUUCAAGGGCGAGGCCAUGCUUCCCUCUGGGCCCAACGAAUCGGUCCAUUGGCAUUCGCUCAUAGGGGUUGACGUUUCUUCUGACAUCCUUCCACAUAUGAUGCGCGACGAACAUGACUUCCGGCUUCAGGCUCGGCUGGAUAAAUUUGACAUAUCGGCACUAAAAGGGUCCAAGCAGCCGAUGUCGCUGGAUGAUCUAAUCGCAUCAAUGUCACAUGCCCCUUUCAUUAUUGGCCUCUGGAAGACCAUAGUUGCUGCUCAGGAUCAUAUUCAAGCACCGCCAGCCCAGCAAUUCUCUCAGUUCCCUUCUGCUCUUGUCGGCCGUCCCGUUGCUCUCGCACAUCUGUCAUUGGGGAUCGAGCUUGCAACUCCACCUAUGCAUAGUCAGGCCUUUGCUGAUUAUGCUGAAGAUGAGAACGACAGUAUCUCUGGGGAGACUGGAGACGAGGAACUGACUCGAUACGAGUUUGGUAUCAAACUAGGCGACAUGCUGGGUCACCAAGAUGGAUUGAUAGGGUAUUUCACAACUCCAGAAGAUGGCAAGGCUUGGAACGUUAUCACCGACUAUGCCAUCGGCGAUGUGGCCUUGCCGAACGUUAGGCACUCGGGUGAUGCACCUCCUCUCACACUGUCCCCCAGCUAUCCUCCCGUGCUCUCUUCGGGUUCGCCAUCGCCCUCCAACAUCAACAAUGAGGCAAGUAACUACCAGAAGCGGAAAGCAGAGGCCUUGCAGUCCUGUCUCAUAACUGUACUCCUGGAUCCCUUCCUUCCAAUCCAUAUACGCUCAGGGAUAUUCCCUGCAGUCCAAGCUCAGCUAAACCGGAAUGACGUAGAGCAAGACCUUCAAAAUCUCGGCGUUUGGUUCCGCUCAGGUCCUGUCAUUAUCGGAUCUCGUGGCUCAGACCCUGUUUCUGCAGCGGACGGCAAAAUGCGAAUACAAGUUAUCGGCGAUGGAAAAGAUCCGAAGGCUCCUCUUGUGCCAGUGCAUACCAUGCCGACCACGACGUCUGGUGCCGAGUGGCAGUGGGUACAGCCUGUAGUGGAUGAGACCAAAGAGAAGAGGGAUGUUGGUGAUUUGACUAGUGAAGUGAGAUAUGUGCAUUUGGGUGUCACGGAUCCACUGAGGGAAGGAUUUGAUGCAACAGUAGGAGCGGAUAACGAGAAGGCCAAGGAAGAUGACAUCGAGGUAGCUGUUGCCUUAGAUGGAUAUCUACUGUUAAGGCCGAGCAAGAAGAAUGGCAAGUAG